GAGCCCCGCGCCACCGUCCCUCUCUCUUCCUCGGCGACACAGCCCCACGCUCAACCCCUCUCUUUCCUUUGCUCAACCCUUCUCUCACUAUGACCGCAUUCUUCGAAACAUGGGAAAUACCCAGAAAGUUAUCGAGAAAGAUGUCACAUUUUUCUUCUGUAAAGACUCUCCUCCUCCCUGGUUCGAUGGCAGUAUUUCAGGAGAUUUUGGAUUCGACCCACUUGGAUUAGGAUCUGAUUCGGAACUGCUGAAAUGGUUUGCACAAGCUGAGCUAAUACACAGCAGAUGGGCAAUGCUUGCUGUGUCUGGAAUUCUGAUUCCAGAAUGGCUAGAAAGUCUGGGGUUUAUUGAGAAGUUCUCUUGGUACGAUGCAGGAGCACAAGAAUACUUCGCAGAUUCCACAACUCUGUUUGUGGUGCAAUUGGGGCUAAUGGGUUGGGUUGAAGGACGGAGAUGGGCAGACAUAAUAAAACCAGGGUGCGUGGAUAUAGAACCGAGUUUUCCACAUAAGAAGAAGCCAGAGGUCGAUGUUGGCUAUCCAUGCGGGCUUUGGUUCGACCCUUUGAUGUGGGGUAGAGGGUCACCGGAGCCAGUGAUGGUUCUUAGGACUAAAGAGAUCAAGAAUGGUCGGCUUGCCAUGCUUGCAUUCAUUGGGUUUGUUUUUCAGGCAAUUUAUACAGGACAAGGCCCUUUAGAGAAUCUUUCAACUCAUAUUGUUGAUCCAGGACACUACAAUGUCUUCUCGGUACUGCAACUUUCAUGCUUCGAUCAUAUUCUUAAUUUUCCAGAUUGAAACAUCAAAUUUUGUACUAAUUUUGAAAACAUUUGGUUUGCAGGCUUUCACAUCGCACUAGCUCUGCAGUAAGGAAGGAGCGCCAAGAAUUUACAUGCCAACGAUGCUGUGUUUCUUCUUGUCUUCUUGAUUUUGUCCAUUUGCAAAUGUAAAUAUUAUUUGAAAAUGACCAUUCGGAUUAUUUGUUGGUCAAAUCUCGAUGUGCUCUUAAUGAAAAGAUACGAAAUUCAUG